CUCGGCCGGAUCUGCGGCGGGGGAAUGCUGGGAUCUCUCGCCUACCGGAAGGGCUGUUGUGACUGUGGUACUGCUGUGGGCUCUGGGAGGCAGGGCUUCUCUUUUGGGUCGCAGCGGGGCAGAGUCUCCUCUGGCUGUAGUGACCUGUCUGAUCCAGGGUUUCCAUGUCUAUGCCUCACCAUGCUUUCCUGUGACAUAUGUGGUGAAACUGUAACCUCAGAACCAGCUAUGAAAGCUCAUCUAGUUGUUCACAUGGAAAACGAAAUUAUCUGUCCAUUUUGCAAGUUGUCAGGUAUAAAUUACAACGAAAUGUGUUUUCAUAUUGAAACUGCUCAUUUUGAACAAAGUACACCAGAAAAGGACUUUGAGAAGCUAGCUGCAAUGCAGUAUGAAAAUUCAGACCCCAAGAACACCAGCCUGCAGAGUACAGUGGAAGUCACUUCAGGCAUUCAUUCAGCAUGUGCAUCUAACCUUCCAAAAGAGUUGUCUGAAAGUCUUCCUAAAGAUAGGACUUUAAAACAUGGAGCUUUUUAUACAGAGACCAAAACUGAAUCUAGAAAGUACCAAAAAAGCAGAGAAAAGCAGUCUGGAUUGUCUGAGGCCCAAGGAUCAAUUUAUGAAACAACAUACAGUCCUCCUGAAUGUCCGUUUUGUGGACAAAUUGAGGGGCGUGGUCAAGAUAUGGAAAUUCAUGUGAAGACAAAGCAUGCCAGUCUUUUAGACAGUCCUUUAGAAGACUGUCAUCAACCACUCUUUGACUGUCCCAUGUGUGGACUUGUCUGUACAAAUUACCAUAUUCUCCAAGAACAUGUGGACUUGCAUUUAGAAGAAAGCAGCUUUCAACAAGGCAUGGACAGAGUUCAGUGUUCUAGUGACAGAGAAUUAGCUCACCAGCUUCAGCAAGAAGAAGACAGAAAGAGGAAAUCUGAAGAAUCGAGACAAGAAAGGGAAGAGUUUCAGAAGUUGCAGCGGCAGUAUGGUUUAGAUAAUUCUGGAGGAUACAAACAACAGCAGCUACGACAUAUGGAGCUAGAAGUAAAUAGGGGACGAAUGCAUCCAUCUGAAUUUCAUAGCAGAAAAGCUGACAUGUUGGAGUCAAUAGCUAUUGGUAUUGAGGAUGGAAAAACAAAAACUUCUGGAAUUAUUGAAGCCCUCCAUAGGUAUUAUCAGAACGUCGCCACAGAUGUAAGGUGUGUGUGGCUCUCUACAGUGCUGGACCACUUUCACUCAUCUUUUGGGGACAAAGGCUGGGGUUGCGGUUAUAGGAAUUUCCAGAUGCUACUUUCAUCAUUACUGAAAAAUGAUGUGUAUGGUGACUGCUUGAAAGGUAUGUCAGUUCCUUGCAUUCCAAAAAUUCAGUCCAUGAUUGAAGAUGCAUGGAAUGAAGGUUUUGAUCCUCAGGGAGCCUCUCAGCUUAAUAACAAAUUACAGGGAACAAAGGCCUGGAUUGGAGCAUGUGAGAUUUAUAUACUUCUGACCUCACUGAGAGUAAAGUGCCGCAUUAUUGACUUUCACAAGUCAACUGGUCCUUCAGGUACACACCCUCGCUUAUUUGAAUGGAUAUUGAACUAUUAUUCUUCAGAGACGGAAGGAACUCCAAAAGUUGUGUGUACAUCUAAACCUCCUAUCUAUCUCCAGCAUCAGGGUCACAGUCGAACAGUUGUUGGGAUUGAAGAGAGAAAAAAUAGAACAUUAUGUUUGCUAAUAUUUGAUCCUGGAUGUCCUUCUCGAGAAAUGCAGAAACUGUUAAAGCAAGAUAUGGAGGCUGGUAGUCUCAGGCAACUACGGAAAUGUGUGGGAAAUCUAAAACAUAAGCAGUACCAGAUAGUAGCAGUAGAGGGUGUUCUUUCCCCAGAGGAGAAAGUUGCCAGGAAACAAGCUUCUCAAGUGUUUACAGCGGAGAAGAUUCCUUGACCCAAAUAUUUUCAUGAUUUUGUAAUUAUCCUUUUUUUUCUGAUAUUGAACUCUGAUACGGUUGAAGAAUACGAUUUCACUUAAGUCCUUGACAUACUGUUUAAGUUAUAAAUGUCUAUUAAGUUACACUUGUUAGCAUUUCAUUGUCUAGUAAUUAGUUGAAUAAAAUUCCCUGUUUGCAUUGUUGGUUUUGGUUUCUUGUCCAUGUCUCAGAAACUUGUUUUAUAGCGAUAAGCUAAUAUGAGUCACUUGUGUGAGCUACUCUUAAUAGCUAAUGUCUAGUAAUAUGUUUAUGUUAGAAUGGGUGUCUGAGGCGAGAUUAGCCCCAGGAGGGAGCUGAAGCUCUGAGGGAUUAGUGGUUUUUCCAAGACUAUAACUAUUCUCCAAGAUGGAGCCACAGCUGUCUCACGGAUGUGUAUCCAGGGUUUCAUUGCUGUGACAGGCACACAGAGAGCCCGUUUAAAGGAAGAAAGGUUUAUUUUGCUUUGAGGUUUCAGUGCUUGGUAGGCUCACUCUGGUGAGACAAAAUAUCAUGGCUCUAGGGGGUGGUGGUGCUGGAGCAGAGCCACUUUAUCGUCACAAAGCAGAGGGAGAAGCAGGAAGGGGUCAGGGACAAGCCUCCCUCAGGAACACAUCCACAGUGACCUACUUGAAGUGGUUCCCUAGUAGGGACAUCAGAUAAAUCCAUCCAGUGCCUAAUCCACUGACUAGGUAUAGUCAACUCAAUAACUGGAUCUACCAGUUGAGUCCAAACUUUGACCACAAGAGCUGUUUCAGAGGACAAUUCUCUGUCUGUGUCAUGAGAUUCCCUUCUCGCUGCUUAGUAAUCACUUUAAUUCUUGUAGGGAAGGAGUGCUAGAUAUCUGUGGUCAAAUAUCCCUUGUGUGCAUGUACGAGAAUCUUACUCUACCCCAUGAACAAGAGAAUUAUCAUCGAAAGACUCUUAGAAACUCAGAGCCUGUGGGUAAUGAAGAGAAGUGGGUUUGUUGGGGAACGUUUUUAUGUGUAUUCAAAUGCUAAUUUCAGACAUCUGGGUGCUGUCUGGAUUUUGUUACUGUCAUUAUCAAGCAUUGCCUGAUUUAGUAUUUAGUAUUUUGUAAAACAUUGUUCUCCAUCAUUUUCUGAUUGGUCAGUAAAGAGUGAUCAGACUAUUAGUUGGGCAGGAGAGGAGAAGGUGCAACUUCUUUACUCAAAGAAAGAAAGAAAGGUACUCAGGUGGGAGAUAGAGGGCACUGUGAGGACAAUGAUGGUACAGGAGCACCCAGGGCAAGACUAAGAUGGUAAAUAAUGGGGCACGUGCCUGGGAAGUAGGCCAGGCCAGGAGAGUUGAGUUAGAAUAGCUCAGAGCCUGCCCAGCCUAGUGCCUGAUUCUUUUAAUAAAAAUACCAAGUCUCCAUGUUAUUUAUUGCAAAGAUAAAGUGGUUAUAAUUUACUUUUUGUGGAUUGGAACCAAGUCAAUUAGAAGUUAAAAUUUUGUGUCACUUAUAGCAAGAAUAAUCAAGGUCGAAGCUGCAGAAUGCUCAAAUUUCAGUUUACACAAAGUAUAUCAGAUUGGUGAGGAACAGAAGUCCUCAGAAGGUUCUGAGAAGAAAUGGAUAUUAAGCAAUUUAAAAAUAUGUUUACAAAAAGAGCAAGAACUUGCUUGAAGAUACAUGACAUCCAGUUAUCCAGCAAAGACUGAACUUUGUACUCUAAGAACAAAAAUGUAACACUGGGAGGUCCCUUUUCACCUGUCCUCCUGACAACCAGUUUCUCUUAUAUUACUGUUUAGUUGUGUUUCCAUGACCUAGAUUAUCAGGCAGCCUCCCAAUGAGUAUCCCAGUCUUAAUUCUUUAUAAUUUGCUCUUAACGGUAAAGCUAAAAUGUUCCAGCCUUUCCAUGUAUUUACAUGACCUGGUUUAUGCUUUCUUGGUGGUUUGUAAAAUACAUCCUGUAGGAAAGCCCAUGAAUUCCUGAGUGGAUGUAUAUUGUCAACACGGGCGAGGUGUAUCAAGGAUCAGUGCUUCAGCCCCACUGGAAUGGCAAAGCCUUCCUAGGCUCACAGUAUUGACAGUAAGUGCAGAAAAUAUCACUGGAGCUUUCUCUUGUCCUGCCCCCAGUUUAUGGUCUGAAGACUGCUACCAUUUAGAGACUUCCCUGCCCACUAAGAUUAGUCAAGCCUGCCCUCUUGUUCAGGCGUAUAUAAUAACCUGGCCUCCUUCUCUGGCUCUGUGCAAAAACCUGCCUCCCUGUUCAGCUGUGUACAAUAAAGAUGCCGAACUGCCGGGUUGCUAUCAGAAUGUCCAGAUUCGUGAAUCCCAGCUUUUCUGUGUGUUUGUGAUCUUUUCUUCAUCCCCUCACCCCUGUUAGAUGAGUCAGUCUUUGGGGCAUGGCCUUCCUACACUAUCCAAUCUCUCCUUGCCUCUACAGGUUCAACUAGCCCCACACCUUUUACUGGGAAUUGUGUUCAGCCUAAAGGCUCUUGCCAAAAUGUACCCCUUGCUGCUGGGAGACCUUUCCCCAUUGCAGUCCCUAUGGUGGCUCUUAAGUAUGGGGCAGACACACCUAAUUACUUUACCUCAGUGUUAAUAAAUGUAGACCAAUGACCUAAAAGUUCCAUUCUAUGACAAGGUAAAUGGAAAGUUGUGAAUUGCUGUUUGUUUUCUAAAAGUUACAAAAUUGAAUCUUUUUUUUUAAAGAUUUAUUUUUAUUUGUGGGUUUGUGUGCACUUACAUGCAGAGUCUGUGUAAGCUAAAAGAUAUAUCAAAUCUGCUGGAGCUGUAGUUAUAUGUAGUUGAAUCUGCUGAAUGUAAGUUCUGGGAUCUGAACUCUCACCUCUGUAAGAGUGAUAAGUGCUCUUACUCUGACCCAGUUCCCCCAUUGAAUUGUUUUUAAUUGACUCUUUACUACAGAGUUUGAGAAGUGCUGAUCUGUGGAACCCUGAAUUUGUUGUAUUAUACUACUUGCCAAAUUGUAGUCUCUUUAAUUUUAUAUUUCGUCUUUAAUAAAAACAAUACUCAGGA